AAUAACUAGUAAACGAGUUCAGUCAGCCGUCAGACGACGUCGUGAGUUGUUGUUUUCGCGGUUGUAUCGUAUUGUGUUGUGAUGUGGAGAAGCAGGGAGGAUACGGGACAGACGGUUGCACAGAGUAGGGUCCCCGCGGAGUUGUCCGUGAUAGACGAAAGUGCAAUCGCCUCGGCCAUACCCUCACCCGCGGUCGCCAACCUCAAUAUAAGCAAGUCUUCCAAGGUCCACAUCGGUCCCAAGUUCGUCUCCGUCACUCAAAAUGUACAAAAUGCUGAAACUCUUAAAGGCCGUUUCUUGGGCCUCGAAUUGGUAUCAACCAAACAGGCGCGGAGGUUGCGUUGCAGCGUCGCAGUAUUUGUAUGUUGGGCGCUAGUAGUAGCCUCCGCGCUUGUCAUCUAUCUCGUCUAUGUGGCGUUGCCGAACCAACAAUUUCGUCUUGAUAUAGAGCUGCCCUUACCGAAGUACCUAUGGCAGGUGAUAAAGAAUAGUUCGCGCACGGAGCGACUAUCCUGUGCUGCAGCGCUUAUCGUGUUGAUUGUCUGCGUUGCCCUCAUCGCCUACUUUUCAGUUAUGACGAGCAAGACUAAGGAAGAGGACAGAGCUCCACACGAAUGGAGAAUCACUCGUGAAAUGUGGCUCGCACGGCCGUAUAACUACACGUAUUAUACAUAUGAUUUUGAACCGUUGUUGUUGGUCGUGAUACAAAACACAGUCGGCCCACAAUGUCAUCGCUUCCAAGCCUGUGCAGCCGAACUCCGAAAUUUGCAAGGCUGGUUUAUCAAUGACAUGGGCUAUGACAUCCCUUACAAUUUUGCGGUUGGUAACGAUGGGCGUGUGUAUGAAAAUCGUGGCUGGUCAGUUGAAGGCGCACAUACACGUGGUUAUAAUCGAUGCUCUAUGGGCAUCGGGUUCCUUGGUGACUACAGAGGAGAGAUGGAAAAUCACGCAGUUGUAACUCCCGAACAAGAAAACCGAACUCAAUUAAUACUGGCAGAGGGUGUGAAGCUCGGUUACUUGCGGCGAGAUUUCCUAGUAGUAGGAGCCAAAGAUAUUUCUGACUCGGCCAGUCCUGGCUCCAACCUCUACAAUGCAAUCCGUCGGUGGCCCAACUACGACCAUCAAAACAGGUUCAAAGGACUUUCAUGCGAACAGAUUCACGAAAAGUACAAGGACACACCUUUAUACGAAGUCCCCAAAGAUAUAUAGUAAUCAUAUAUUACGAGUAUGUGUUGCACCACCAAAGGUACCAAAAAAACGAUUAUUUUUCCUAUUUAGACGUAAAAACCACUCAUUUUAAUAUUUGUGUUUAUGCAUGCCAUGACAAUUUAUUUACAAAAGGUCGUAAGUGAUAAAUAAAUUAAGACUAAUGUUACAGAAACGAUUUCAUCACAGGAGCAAUGCUAAAUCACAUUUUAACAUGAAUUCAUAAAUAAAAAUGUUAACGUAUAAGCCGAAUUUUCCAUAUUAUUAUUUUACCACACUAUCUUUGUAUAACACCCAAAACUCUGCAAGCAAGGGUUACACUAUCAAUGUGAUCUCUGGACAUCUCUAUCAAGUCCUUUAGUACUAAAAUUAGAAUAGGCUAGAAGGAAUACAAGAGUUAAAGAUAACGCUAGUUAACAUUCGCAUCGGCUACUUCUUUAUUUUUAAAUGUUUUUAAUGGCCUUACCUUGUUAUUAAAGCUUUUCCUGAUAAUGAAACCAAGCGUGAUGUUAAAAUAUAUUUGAAUAUAAGAAUGUCUACUCGCGUAACGAAGCCGAGACGAACGAUGGUCUUGCCUUGAACGAGUUAUAGUCGUACUAUUGAAUUUCCUUAUUUGAGCAGUAACAUUAAUUAUAUUCAAUUAUAUUAUCAUGCAAGGAAGCAUUGUUUUGUAUAUUUUCUUUUAACUACGUAGACAAAUUUAUUUUCUCAUACAUACGAUGGGAUGGAAUCAUAAUCAAUUAGUCCGAGUCGUAAAAUAUUGUUAUGAAUACAUGUUAGAAAAAAAUAUAUAGAAUUUAUUAAUGAUUGUCACAAAAAAAUAUAUAUAUAUUACAUUACUUGUACGAAAGUUAAUAAAAGAACAAUGUAUAUUUUUUAACUUCUACUACUAGAAAUAAUGACCAAAUGUGAAAAAUAAAUGAUAAUAAUAAUAUUUUAA